AUGAAGCAAACGGCGUUGAGCACGCUGCCCCCUGAAAUACUUGAAGUGGUUGUCAAACAUAUUUCCAGCCUCCGUGAGCUGAACAGCCUCGCACGAGUUUCAAAGUAUCUAUACACCAAGACCCUUCCUUUCCUCUAUGAGUCAUUGAGUAUCGAGUGCGUUGAGGGGCUUUGUCCACGAGUACAAGAUCUCCAAAAAUACUACUUGACAGCACCACACUGUGGAGUCGAAGAUGGGCUACAUUUUGUCAAACAUCUGACCCUAACUACCAAAGAUUACAAAGAUCUGACCGGCCGGUGCUACCACAACCGUGCUCACGACCUAUUCACUGGUGACUACCUUCAGUUCGACGACCACGAGCGACAAACUGCAGAGUUCCACUUAGAUGGUAUACCAAGGAGUCUGGGGACACCGUUUCCUGCUGAGAACACAGGAGCUGGUCUCCUCAAACUGUAUAAUGAUCAGAACAUCGAGUUAGAUAUUUCCCAGGAGUGGGAUUUCGUUCUAUUUUGCCAUAGACUUCGACCAAGCGCACUAAAGUCAUUCAGUUGGGAUCUGGGGACGUGCGUGCCGUUGGCUAUCCUUGGCGUAGGAGGCUACCUGGGAACCUAUCAAGAAAAGCUUGAGCGUCUGUCCCUAUCGACCGAUGGUGAAUGUGAUAGAGCUGGAACAAAGUGUCAGAGCUACGACUUGUCGAAAUUUACCAAUCUGACCGAGGUCUCAUGGGUUGGAAUUCAAUCAACACAGGAAAUUACUGCUCUCCAGAAUCUGCUUGAGAAGAAUGCGCAUGGCCUCAGAACCCUCAGUCUGAAGCCAGGGACUGGGAAGCUGCCGAUGGCAGGUGAAGAGAUGAUGAGGCUGAAGGAAAUCGUAACAGCAGAGACGUUGCAAAAUUCAUCGCGCCAUCUCUCUGUAUUGGCAGACUCUGAUUCCUCACUGUCUUUGUAG